AUGGCGCUACAAGUAUACAUUUCUCACACCGGCGGCGUGCUGACCUUCAAUGAUCCAGUCGCUCGUGUCGACAACCUGCGGUCAUGGAUCGAAGCCAAUGCUGCCAUUCCAGCCUCUCGCCAGAUCUUGAUGACGGCCCGCGGCAAGAUUGUCAAGAAUCUCAAUAACGAACAAGAAGUCUAUGUCUACGACAAACAGUUCCUGUCGCCAGACUCCAAGCCUCCCUCACGGGACGAUAUUCAACUCAAACCUCUCUCCGACCCCCCUUCCUAUCUCACCGACGAGACCAGUCUCAAGGCAUGGCACGAGCUGUUCAAUUCCAGGCGGACCUGGGCGCUUGAGGCGUUUGACAUUGCCAGAACAGGUGUGGAGAACAUAGAAAUAUGUGCGGACGAGGCAUCCGUCAUUGCCAGAUCCAUGAAGGUCGCCCUGGACAACCUGCGUAACCAUGUUACAAGCCUACAGCAGCGAUUCGACGAGACAAAUCAGUGGGCUCAGGGUUAUAUCCAAGAACAUCGAGGGGUCCUCAAGGAUUGGCGAGCAAAUGUCGAUACCCUUGCGGAGCUCCCAGUUCGUGAGGAUGUGGUCAAGGUGCUGCGGCGCCCGGCUGAGCCUGAUGGCAAGGAUGCACCAGCACCUGUCGGCACUCUUUUGGAUUUGGUUGACCGAAAUAUUCUGCAGACUGCUGCAGAGAGUGUUGAACAGAGCUCAGCCGACUUUGAGAAGAGGCUGCGAGAACUUCAGUCUGGCAUGGAGAAGCUAAAGCAGGAUACAAGUCAGGCCCAGGCUCGCUCGACGCGAGUCCCAGAUUUCGACACCAAUGCUCUGCUGGACGAGGCUGAGACAUUGGCGAAGCGGAUAAGCUCAGAUUAUGAAGAUGUCGUCCAGAUGCAAGACAACCAGAAAUCCGUUGUUGCAGCAUCAAGAAAGGCUGCCGUGCAUACGCGUGAAUUGUUGCCCGCCAUGCACGGUGUCGUGGAAGAAAUUAUUCAAGCUUCUUUGAGUGCAUCUGAAACACGGAAUACAGCGUCAAAUGACUGGUAUUCUACCCUGCAAAUUAUUUCCAAUAUCCAGUCUCGACUCGCGGAAUUACAGUCGGCCAUCACAAAUCUAGACUUCCACGACAACGACAACUAUGCGACUCUCAACCGAGUCUUUCAGCUUCCCCUUGUCUAUGGUGCUACACUCGUGGAAGCAACACGGAGAUCUGAGUGGACUGAGCGGAUGCGGGCAGAGGUCGACGUCCUCCACGAAGACCUUUCCCAGCAGACCGAAGAGGAGCAACGACGGCGAAAGAAAUGGACCGCUUCCCACAGCGAAUUCUUGAAUGAGGAUAUGAAUGCCAAAGAUGCACUCAUCGAUCUAAAAGCGACAGCACCACGAAAUUCCUGGCCGUUUGUAAGCAGAGACGAAAUCUUUGCCUGGGUUGACGACCUGAGAGCUCUCGGCAUCAAUGAAGCAGUACAGUCUGUCAUGCAGCGAAUAAAAGAUUUGGAUGCCCCAGUCCGGAAGCAGAAAGCGAAACCUUUUAAGAACGGGAGUAUCCACGAUCUCACUCAGAGUGCUGCUCUCCGUAACGGGGAUGAAGUCAGAGGUUUACAGGACGAGAAAGCAAGACUCGAGGAGAAACUUCGCGCCUCGGACAGUCGAGUGCGAAAGCUGGAAGAUCUCCUGCACCGUCAAAGCCAGCUCAGCCGGCCUGCCAGCGGGAUCUUCCAGCCUGGUAGCGCUGCAGACUUCGAACGACAACAAACACCUUCCCCAAGUACGCUACAAAGGCACAGCGACUUGUCUCGCAGGUCGUCAGUCUCGCUUCGAAGACUAUCCAAUAACCAGGACGAGAAGUCCUUGGUGCAGAAAAUUGUUGCAUUAGAAAGUCAGAUCCAAAAGUUGCAAGAGGAGGCUCAUGCGGAACGGCGUUCAAGUACUGAGAGCAGGGACAAAAUGCAAGAAGCGGAAUUGGUCAAACGAGACCUGAUGGCCAACUUUGAAGCUCAGAAGCAAGAGUUCGAGGAGGAGCGACAAUUGCUGGACGACGAAGUACAUCGCCUGAAAGUCAGAUUGGAAGAAGCGGAAGAAGAGCUUGAUCGUCUCAAUGACUCGAGGGAUCAUCUUCGCUCUGAACAAGAUCAAACAACGCUCAACUUACGGAAUGAGUUGGAACAACUGAAGAAGACCUCGGCCGAUGAUCUCGCUCUGGCAGACCGCAAAGUCGAGUCAGCACGAAAGGAAGCGGCCGCACACCGCGAGCGAGCAGCAACACUCGAUCGUCAGCUGCACCAGCUCAAGGAAGAACGGGCAGCCGUGCAAUCUCAAAAUAUGACUCUAGCAAACCAACUGCGCUCAAUGGAAGAUCAACAGCAAGAAUACAUUUCGAUCCUGCAAGGUGCACACUCUAACUUAUCCCCCGCGGGGUCUCCACCAGAUGAUCUCCGCCGCCUCGUCAACGCAUUGGAAAUUCUCUCUGAAGGUGCCGCCAUCCAUGCUCGGGGCCUCGAUGAUUCUCUCCAACUCGCUACUGCGGAGAAUAAGUCGCUUGAGGAGAAAUUGUCAAACGCGGAAAGUCAGAUCGAGACGCUUACAGAUAAACUCUCUUUGGUGGAGACAUGCGCAAAUGGACUGAGGGAAGACAUUGAACAGGAACGCAGCAAGAUCUCCGCGCUCAGGACUGAACUUGCGGGCGAGCGCGCAGAGAUGCACUCCCUGCGUGAGAAGUUUGCCGCUGGUGAGACUGGCUCUGAUGCGCUCCGUCAACAGCUGAAGUCCGAGGAGAUUAAAGUUGCAGAAUUAAUGGACCGCAAAGCUGAAGAUGAGGGUGUCAUCCAGCGCUUGAAGCAUGAAAUUGAGGUUCUAAAUCGAGAGGCGGUCAGCGCCUCAGAGAAACAGGAGAAAUUGCGCAAACACUUUGACAAGAGAGGCGAGAGGGCAAAACAGCUUUCUGAGAGAUUGUUCCAUCAUCACGAUCGAAUCAUUCGCAUGCUCGAGCAGUUUGGCUACUACGUCUCGCGGCAAGAAGACACACUGGUAAUCCAGCGUGCAAGUAAAGUUAAUGCAAGCGCCGUGCUCAGUGGGAACGAGGGGUCGGGACCGGGCACUUCCAUGAAGCGGACCAUAUCCGGUUCAACGCCAGCACAACACUACUCUGACCCGUCAGACCUCGACACCCUAUAUUGGACGUCCGACAACGACCUCACGUCUGAAUCGACAAAAUACUCAGGCUUCCUCUCGGCACUGUCGCGACUUGAUAUGGAUAGCACUAUAGACCUGAUCACGAAACGCUACAAGGACGUUGAAACGCUCGCGAAGAAAUACCAAAAAGAUUCCCGCGCCUACAGAGAACGAACACACCGCUCUCAAGCCGAAGCGCACGAUAAAAUCGCAUAUAGGAGCUUCAAGGAAGGGGACUUGGCCUUGUUUCUGCCGACGAGGAAUCAAGCUACAAGACCCUGGGCGGCCUUCAACGUCGGUGCACCACAUUACUUUUUGAGAGAGCAGGAUGCGCAUAAGUUGCAGUCGAGGGAUUGGUUGCUCGCGCGAAUCACGAAGAUAGAAGAGAGAGUGGUAGAUCUUAGUAGAAGCAUGCGUGGCAAUACUUCGUCUUCGACUGUGGCUGCAGCAAGUACGGUAGUGGAUGAUGGUGGGUCAACAAGGAGUGUUGACGACGAGAAUCCGUUCGAGUUAUCAGAUGGGCUGAGGUGGUACAUGAUUGAUGCUCAAGAGGAGAAGUUGGGCGCGCCUGGCACGCCCUCGGUCGGAAAGUCAACUGUGAUAGCAAGCAAUGUCGAGGUCAAGGGGCACAUGGGGUUGGGCAGGAAGGAGCAUAAGUCAAGCAUGGGUAUGGGUGCUGGUGGUGGCAGCAGUGCCACGACGAACAUGGUGACCAAGACGCUUACCAAAAGUCUGGACAGUCGGCGGUCGAGCUCGGGAAGCAAAAAGAGCGUGGAUCUCAAGGGCAAGCUUCUCGACAGGAGCAGCAGCGUUAAGGACGCGAUGCCUUCAUCGAAACUUUCACCUUUGGCACCUAUUUCGAGCGACACAGACGUUGAGCCACGGCGACAUGCACCGCCACAUGAUGCGAGCAGCAGAGCUGCGGCCAUCCCGGACGAUGACGCCCACGCGGAUGCAGACAAUGAAAAUGAUGAGGCUGAAGUCCAAGAUUCAGCGGGCUCGAUGACGGCGCAAGCGGCGAGUCAAAGUCGAGGCCAAGCUGGAACUGCCAGCGUGCCGAGCAUCGUGCGCCGUCCCACCGAGGCGAGCCAGACGGACAGGGAGGAUGCGCAGGUCUUUGAAGUGGUGAGGCGAGAUCUUCUUCUCGGCCCGUAA